GUGUUCGUGCCGCUCCUGACCGACGACCGCGUUUCCGCCGAGAACCUCAGGGACCUGAAGCGCACCCUGGAGGGCGGCGGCGUCUACGUUGUGAACAGGCAGCAGCGCUUCCCCAUCGGCGGCGGUACCUGCAAGGUGCAGGGCGACAUGAGCCAGGAGGCCUGCGAGGAGACCUUCCAGGAGUUGGCUAGCGCCAUAGACGAGGAGAUGAUGGCGGAGAUGGAUCCCAAGGUUCUGCGGCAGCUGACGCUGCGCGUGGCCUCCCACGUCUCCGUGGGCCCUGGGCUGCAGGCCGUGCUGGCCCACUCGCUGCCACCCGCGCUGUGGCAGCCGACCUUCACCGUCUGCGUGGGGUACGGCCAGGUCCGCGUGUUGACGCUGGCGUACGUGGGCCAGCCGCUGGCGGGCGACCGGCCGAGCUGCAAGCAGAGCAGCACGGUCUUGCGGAUCCUGACGGGCAACCUGUCGCAGUCUGGCGGCCUGUCGGCGGCGUCGGCGCGGUACCGGGUCUUCCCCGCGGCCCGCGGCGCCGACUCCAUCGAGGAGCACCUCGAGGCGCUCGAGCCGCUGCUGCUGGCCGCGUGCACGUCCGGCGACUGGGCCGCGCUGGACAAGAAUAACCCCCCGGGCGCGGAGCGCAGCAGGAGCGUCUCGGUGUCGCGCGCGCUGCAGGGGCGUCUCUGCGCCGCCGCUGGGCCCUGCAGGCGCGGCUCCGUGCCCCGCCGGCUGGAGAGCGCCGCUGCCGCAGGCGCCGGGGCCGUCGCCAGAGCCGCCUCGGUGUCGCGGGCGCUGCGGCAGGCCGUGGAGGGAGGAGCCGGCGAGGAACGGGCGCCGCUGGCCGGGGGCAGGCUCGCGGCGGAGGAGGCGCAAGCGGGGGCGCGGCUCGUCAAGGAGCAGCUGGGCGCCGGGGUCUCCCUGCUGCGCGGGCUCUUCGCGGGCGGCCAGCCGACGUGGGUGGCGCCUCCAAGCGCGGCUGCGGCCCGGGGCGUGGGGCGGGCCGCCACCGCGGGCCCCCCGCGGGCGGUCACGGUCGACCGCAGGGCGCGCAUGCAGGCCGCCAUGCAGGCGAAGGCCACGCAGCCCGCGCCUCCGCCGGCUGUCGCCGCCGCCCUGGGUGCCGCGGUGGCCAAGGCCAAGCAGCCAGCGGCACAUUUGGUCGCCAACAGCCCGGGCGCUGAGGAGGCCGCGGCCGCGCAGAGCGCAGUGCCGGCGGUGGGGAGCGACAGAGGCGUCGAGGAGGCCGCAGCCACGCAGCCCGUUGCGCCAGAGCCCGCCCUGGUCCGAUGUGCUCGAGAGGCCGAGGCCGCACAUGUGGCGCCGCUGGCAACCGGCGGCCCGAGCGCAGCAGAGGCCCGUGCUGUGCAGCCAACGUCUGUGGUGGUUGCGACCGGCCCGGGCACCGCGGAGGCCGAGGGCAGGCAGCCAGUGCCAGCAGCGGUCACCAACGACCAGUGCGCGCAGCUUGCACCACCAGUCGCGCUCGCCAGCGCCGAGGCUGCCGCGGAUGCGGAGUCCCCGCUGCCAGCGGCAUCGGCUGCAGCCGCGAGCGACCAGGGUGCCGAGGAGGCCGCCGCCGCAGAGCCCGCGAACGACUGCGGCGCUCGGGCCGAAGCCGCGCUGCCCGCGGCGCCAGCCGUGUCGAGCGACCAGGGCGCCGCGGAGGCCGCUGCCGCGGCACCUGCCGCGGCACCCGAGGUGGUGGCGGCGGCGGCGGCGAGCCACCAGGGCGAGCUUGGGGCCGAGGCCGCGCUGCCCCCCGCGCUGGCUGCCGUCUCAGGCGACCGGGGCGCCGCGGAGGCCGCCGCCGCGGAGUCCGGGGUGGCGGCGGCGGCGGCCGCGGCGGCGGCGGCGAGCGAACAGGUUGCGCUUGGGGCCGAAAGCGAGCAGCCCGCGGCGCCGGCGGCCGUCUCUGGCGGCCGUGGCGCCGUGGAGGGUGCCGCGGCGGCCGCGAGCGGCCAGCCCGCCGCAGAGUCCAAGGUGACCCAGCUGCUAACGCCGUCGGCCACGAACGACCUUCGUGUUGCCCUCCCAGGAGGCUGA